AUGGAUGUCUCCUUACCAGUCGAUAAAUUGUCAAAACCUGAGUCAAUUACAAAGCUUGUUCUUGAGUUUGACUUGGACAAAACCUGUGUCGUGCUUGUGGCAACUGGGAGUUUUAACCCUCCAACUUUCAUGCAUUUACGUAUGUUUGAGAUGGCGAGAGAUGCAUUAAACUCGGAGGGAUUUCAUGUUCUUGGAGGCUAUAUGUCCCCUGUAAAUGAUGCAUACGAGAAGAAGGGACUUUUAUCUGCAGAUCACCGUUUAAAGAUGUGUAAUCUAGCCUGCAAAAGCUCCGAUUUUAUAAUGGUUGAUCCUUGGGAGGCAUCCCAAGAUAGCUACCAGAGAAGUUUGAUGGUUUUAUCAAGGGUCAAGACUUUUCUUACACAAAAUAGACACGUACCCGAGGAAUCCCUCAAAGUCAUGCUAUUAUGUGGCUCGGAUUUACUGCAAUCUUUUUGCACUCCCGGUGUUUGGAUCCCUGAACAGGUAAAGGCCAUUUGCAAAGACUAUGGGAUUGUGUGCAUCCGUAGAGAAGAACAAGAUGUUGAAAGUAUGAUACUUGGUGACAGAAUCUUACACGAAACCCGUGUAAGUACUUACCGAUUUUCUUGUUUCUGUUUCUCUGGAUCAAUCAGUCAAAUUUUAACACGGUUUCUUUUGCAGGAUAACAUCAGAAUCGUCAACAAUUCUGUUCCUAAUCAAAUUAGCUCAAGUAGAUUAAGGAAAUGCAUUUCGCGAGGAUUAUCAGUUAAGUACUUGACUGAAGAUGGAGUGAUAGAUUAUAUCAAACAACACCAACUUUACACUAACCUCGAAUGA